CACUCACUAAAUAUGUGACAUCUGAAUCAACAGGGCCAAAGAGAAAUUGGCAAACCCUCUUUCAGUAAAUCCCCUCCUCCCUCACUUUUUUUUUUCUUAAAUCUGUUCCUUUCCUCCUUCGAAACGCGCUUUGUUUCACGAUGGCUUCGUGGGCACCUCAACCCGGUGGUUUGCAAGAAAUUUUGAACACGAUUCAAGAAUCCACCGAUAUGUCGGUAACAGUUCAACGAAACAUUACCCAAAAACUAAAUAGUUUUACUCGCGUUCCGGACUACAUCGCCUACUUAGCACAUAUUCUUUGUGCUCUUGCGGACCAGGAGGACCGCAUACGAACGAUCGCAGGUUACCUCCUCAAGAAUAAUGCUCGUCUCAUCCUCAGUUCGUCACCUGAAGUGGCCCACUAUGUUAAAGCGGCUGUCCUGCGCGCGUUUGAGGACCAAUCGGUGAUGAUACGAAACGCCGCAGGGCAAGAUAUCGUUGCUUUCUUGGGAGUAUUAGAACCUCGAAAUUGGCCAGAGUGUCUCUCGCAGUUGGUGAAUAUGCUGGACCAUCCUGAUCUGGAUAGACAGGAGACUGCAUUCAAUGUACUUGAGAAGGCUUGCGAAGAUUAUCCCCGCAAACUUGACGUUGAAAUCAGUGGCACUCGUCCCCUGGAUUUCAUGAUUCCCAAGUUCCUGUCUUUAGCAGACCAUCCGUCUUCUAAAAUGCGAUCGCAUGCAGUUGCGUGCCUCUCGUACUUCGUUCCCAUCGGCACUCCAUCCCUCUUCGUCCACAUCGAUACAUUUAUCGCAUGUCUUUUCAAAAGGGCAUCCGAUGAUGACCCCUCAGUCCGGCGACACGUUUGUCAAGCCCUCGUUCUCCUCCUCGCCGCGCGCCCCGAGAAGCUUAUGCCUGAAAUGGCAAAUGUCGCCGAGUACAUGCUAUAUUCCACCAAAGACAAGAACGAGAACGUCGCGCUUGAAGCCUGCGAGUUCUGGCUUACAUUUGCCGAGGAUGCAGACUUAUCACCUUAUCUGCAACCGCUACUAGGGAAGGUGGCCCCUGUUUUAUUGGAUUGCAUGAUAUACGGAGAAGACGACUUGUUGUGGUUGGAAGGUGAUGCUGAGGACACUGCUGUACCUGACCGAGAGGAGGACAUCAAACCACGUUUCUACGGUGGUAAAACCCACGGCCUGGAUCGAGAUCCUAGCGCUCCUGAAACCAACGAACCACCAAAGACUCGCACCGGAGCAUACGGGGAAGAAACACUCGAAUACGAAGAAGAUGACGAUUAUCUCGAUGACGACGAAUUUGCCGAUGAAAUGUCAACAGAGUGGAACCUUAGGAAAUGUGCCGCCGCUGCGUUGGAUGUUCUGGCCGUCCGAUUCAGUGGCGAGCUGCUGACUGUUUUGCUCGGGCCUCUAAAGGAAAAGCUUUGGAGUAGUGAUUGGUUACAGAGAGAGAGUGGAAUCUUGGCACUCGGUGCCAUGGCUGAAGGAUGCAUCGAGGCAAUUGAGCCACAUCUUCCAACAUUGAUCCCAUAUUUGAUUAAUACCUUGAAUGAUGCAAAGCCGCUUGUACGUUCGAUAACUUGCUGGACUCUCGGCCGUUACGCCAGUUGGACGACUCAGCCGAUAUCUGAAGAACACAAGACCAAGUACUUUAUUCCGACUAUGGAAGGGUUACUGAGAAUGGUUCUCGAUAACAACAAGCGUGUACAGGAAGCUGGUUGCAGCGCAUUUGCCACCUUGGAAGAGGAUGCAGGAACCGAACUUGCACCAUACCUCGAGCCUGUUCUUCGUAACCUCGUUUUCGCCUUCGAAAAAUAUCAACAUAAGAACAUGUUGAUUCUUUACGAUGCUGUCGGCACUCUAGCAGACGCUGUAGGUCGUGAGUUAUCGAAUCCCACCUAUGUGGAGAUUCUUAUGCCACCGUUAACGGCGCGUUGGGCGAAGCUGAAAGACGACGACGUUGACCUGAUUCCGCUUUUAGAGUGUCUUGCUUCCGUCACGAUUGCUAUGGGGGCGUCUUUUCUUCCUUACGCUGCCCCAGUGUUCGAGCGUUGUACAGCUAUAGUCCACAACUCUUUAUUGCAGUAUCAGGCAUUCCAGCAAAAUCCCGACCUCGAUGAACCGGAUAAAUCUUUCCUUGUGGUUGCACUCGACUUACUAUCCGGCCUUACGCAGGGACUUGGCAUGCAGCUAACACCGUUCAUCAAUCAGAGCAAUCCCAACAUCUUGUCCCUCCUCACUGUCUGUCUCAAGCAUCCCCAAGCAUCAGUUCGUCAGUCAGCUUAUGCAUUAGUCGGUGAUAUGGCCAUGGGAUGCUUCACAAUUCUUCGAUCAUACAUGCCGGGCAUCAUGGCCGAAUUGACCCUUCAGCUUGACCCCGAACCGAAAGUAGAUUUUAUCAGUGCAUCGAAUAACGCUGCGUGGUCUGUCGGUGAGGUGGCAUUAAGGUAUGGUCGAGAUGAUCCCGAAUUCCAACAAUGGGUUAAUCCAUUGAUUUCUCGGCUCAUUCCGAUUCUUCUCCACCCAAAAGCGCCUCGCAGCUUACACGAAAAUGCCGCUGUAUCCAUCGGUCGUAUCGGGCUCAUGCACCCUAACAUCGUGGCGCCCCAUCUUCCUGAAUUUGCGCAGGCUUGGUGCCAGGCACUCUAUGAGAUUCGUGACAACGAGGAAAAGGAUUCGGCUUUCAGAGGAUUAUGUACAAUGAUCCAGGUCAACCCGGCAGGAAUUGCAAAGAGUCUCCUCUGGUUUUGCAAUUCAAUUGUUCGAUGGAAUUCUCCGUCACCAGAGUUGAACAACAUGUUUUCGACAUUGUUGCAUGGCUUCAAACAACAUGACGAGGCCGGAUGGGCUGCACAAGUUUCCGCCUUCCCGCCUAUCAUUCAAGAACGCCUUGCCACACGUUACGGAGUUUGAUCGGACGCCAUGUUUUAGGCCACCCUCCACUUUUGUUGUUUCGUUUCUCCCACAAACCAUCGUUCCCUUCUAUUUUGGGGCACGUCCACUCGUUCAUUUUAGGUAGUACUUUACAUGUGUUUCUUGCAUUGGAUCUUGUGUUUCCCAGUAGCUGUAGUCAGUAACCGUCUUAUCUCGUAGCAGUAGUCAAUUUCUUUUUUGUAGGUACAACGUUCUUCUCACAUCACACACACAGGCAGAUUCCUAACUCCCACCAAUGCCCUUCAGGAUGCUCUGCUCUCGGUCCCCCCCCUCCAUCCGCUUUUGCAUAUCUAUCCAUUUUCUUUUACGUAGCAAUAGUAUUUCAGUAGUGUAGUUUUUUACCUUUCACGUAGAUCUCCAAUUGUACCAUAAAAAUAACAAGAGACAAGAAUCGUUUCGUUCCCCCGCGAAUC